AUGGAUCCUCCCAAUUUACAAGCAAAACUAAAAGGAAUAGAUGCAUUCUGUGGGGAACGUUACUGGGACCCUGAAAUAUGGAAUGCAACAACAGUACCCAUUCUGACUCAAUGUUACCAGCAUACCACUUUGGUCUGGUUUCCUACUGCAAUAGUUUUCCUGCUUGCUCCUAUUCUUACAGCUCAAAUCUUCUAUCGCCGUCCAACCCCUAUCCCAUGGACCAGGCGGAUUCAGUUCAAAGUUGGUCUCUCCUGUAUUCUAAUAGCGGAUUCGCUCUCUUUAUUUACCGUGGCUAUCUAUGAAACACUGUUCCAAGGAUUCCCAUAUGCAGUCGACUUUGUUUAUCCACUGACUUUGUGUUUAGCAAUGAUUGUUUUAACAGCUCUGAUUGUCUCUUGUCGCAACUAUGGAAUUGUUACAUCCGGAGGCCUAUUUAUCAGUUGGCUUGUCUUCACACUGUCAGCUAUACCUGAACUCCUCUACUGGAUUCAACAAAUGGUGGCACCUGCUCAGCCAUGGAAUUGGUUGGACUACCCGAGAUGUAUUGCUUUUUUGGUUUGGUUCAUAUGCUGUGCAUUGGAAACGUAUCUCCACUGUUAUGCUGACCAUUCACCAGAAGGAUACAAGUAUUUGAACACCGCUCGUAACCCAAGUCCUGAAAUGACGUCGUCUUUUUUGAACCGUAUUACCAUGUGGUGGUUCAAUUCUUUGUGUAGUCUAGGAGUGAGGAAACCAUUGGAAGUCUCUGAUUUGUAUUCUCUCAACGAAGCUGACACUUCCAACUUGCUAGUGCCCAAAUGGUAUAACUUGUGGGACAAGCAGAACAAAAAAAUUGAGGAGAUCAAAAACCGUCGCCAAGCUAAUUUGAACGCUGCCCAGACAUCUCGGCGUCGCACAUCUUCAAAUGAUAGUACUCCACUGCUUCAUGAUCAAACAGCUGAUGACUAUGGAUCUUUGCCAACCAGUCACACUGAACAGUUAAUGCCCUCCAUUAUCUGGACACUGUUUUUGAUGUUCAAAUGGGAUGUUAUCACAGCGAUGGUUGUCAAGUUCCUCUCAGACGUUCUACUUUUCGUCAAUCCUCUGCUUCUGAAAUCAUUGAUCCGAUUUACUGAACAACUUGAACGUCCGAUGUGGCAAGGAAUCGUGCUUUCUUUUACAAUGUUCAUCUCGGCUGAACUAUCAUCCAUCCUUCUUUCUCAUUAUUUCUAUCUGAUGUACAGAGUUGGAACAAGAGUUCAAACAUGUCUUACUGCGGCUGUAUACCGGAAAACUCUCCGCCUGUCAAACGCUGCUCGUCGGGAGAAAACUGUGGGAGAAAUAGUAAAUUUGAUGGCUAUUGACAUUGACCGCUUCCAACAAAUUACACCACAAACCAUGCAGUAUUGGUCGAACCCGUUCCAAAUUGGAUUAGCACUUUUCCUUCUAUUCCAACAACUUGGAGUUUCAGUAUUCAGUGGUGUUGCUGUAAUGGUUUUGCUGUUCCCGAUCAAUUUUGUGAUCACUAUGAUUAUUCGAAAAUGGCAGAUUUCUCAAAUGUAUUACAAAGAUGAAAGAACAAAGAUGGUUAAUGAAGUGCUCAACGGAAUCAAAGUGAUCAAGCUGUAUGCCUGGGAACCACCUAUGGAGAAAGUGAUUGAAGAUUUGAGAGAAAAGGAAUUGGGACUCAUCAAGAAAGCCGCAUUCUUGAGAACGUUCUCGGAUAUGCUCAACUGUGCCUCACCUUUCCUUGUCGCUCUUUCAACGUUUGCUACCUUUAUCUUCAUUGAUCCAAAGAAUGUGCUCACUCCAGAAAUAGCAUUUGUGUCACUCACCCUUUUUAACCAAUUGCGAUCACCAAUGUCCCAAGUGGCUGAACUCAUCACUCAAACAGUCCAAGUAAUUGUUUCCAACAAGAGACUGAAGGAAUUCUUAAUGUCAGAAGAGCUCAGUGAAGAUGCUAUUGACCAUAGAGGACGUGAUAACAACGAUGUAAUCAACGUCAAAGAUGCAACACUCUCAUGGGAAUCUGCAGAUCAAAACCCUGUACCCAGUCUCAUGAAUAUCAACUUCUCUGUGAAACGUGGUCAGCUUGUCACAAUUGUCGGAAGAGUGGGGGCUGGGAAAACUUCGAUGCUCCAAGCAUUGAUGGGAGAAAUGGAGAAACUGAGCGGAUCCAUCGCGCUACACGGACGACUAUGCUAUGUUCCUCAACAACCAUGGAUGCAAAAUAACACACUUCGUCAGAAUAUCACGUUUGGAAAACAGUUUGACGAGUACUUCUACACUCGUGUGUUGGAUGCAUGUGCACUUUAUCGUGAUCUUCAAAUUCUCCCACUCGGCGACAGUACAGAAAUCGGAGAAAAAGGAAUCAACUUAUCCGGUGGACAGAAAGCGCGUAUUUCAUUGGCUCGUGCAGUAUAUCAAAACCAUGAUAUCUAUUUACUCGAUGACCCAAUGAGUGCUGUUGAUGCUCAUGUUGGAAGUCAACUUUUUAAUUCUGUGAUUGGGCCAGAAGGAAUGUUACGCAACAAAACUCGUAUUUUGGUAACCAAUGAGCUAUCCUGUUUGGAAAAGUCAGACCUCAUCAUGGUGAUGAAUGAUGGAAAAAUAGAAUACGAAGGGAAAUAUCAUGAAUUAAUGCAACAAGGAGCUUUUGAGCAACUUCUGAUUGAAUGUGAGCAAGAAGAAAGGGAAAGACGUGAAGCAGAACAAUCAGACGAAGAGGAUGACAAUUCUGAACCUGGAGGAAUCAUGAUCGAAGGAGAUUCCGAUUUUGAGUACGAAGACGAUUUGAUGGCUUCUCCUAUCAUAGAUCACGUCCUUGGUACCAGUCACAUGUCGACCGUGUCUGGCAUAAUCAAUCGACGCAGAAUAAGUACUUCGAAUGCAAAACAACGACGACGUCCUUCCACUACCAAAUCAUACAGCGCAUCGAUCGUCUCGGCUUCUACAAACACUCGUCAACUCACUGGAGCUGAGAGAGUGGAAACUGGAAGAGUAAAGAUGGAUACUUAUUACAAUUACUUUGGAGCAAUGGGAAUUUCUAUUGCAAUAAUUUUCGUAUUGGGAAUGACAACUAGCACAGUUGUUUCAAUGGGAAGAAACUUGUGGCUUACGGAUUGGUCAAAUGAUAAUGCUGCUCGUUCUGGUACAAACUCAACUGGAAAAACAAUUGGUGUUCGCCUCGGUGUCUAUGCUGGACUCGGAUUCUCCGAGAUUAUUCUUCUUUUCAUCGGAAUGCUUUCCUUGUUGUAUGGUGGAGUUGCUGCUUCUCGAAACCUUCAUGCUCCACUUAUGCGCAGUUUGUUCCGUGUUCCAAUGUCUUUUUACGAUACUACUCCGUUUGGAAGAAUUUUGAACCGUAUCGGAAAAGAUAUUGAGACAGUUGAUGUACUUUUGCCAUUUAACGUACAAUUCUUUGCUCAAUGUUUGCUGCAAGUUAUCUCUACUCUGAUCAUUAUUAUGAUUUCAACUCCAGUUUUUGGAAUUGUCAUCAUCCCAUUAUCCAUUAUGUAUCUCAUGGUUAUGAGAUACUACAUUGCAACUUCUCGUCAGCUGAAACGUUUGGAAUCAAUCACCAGAUCUCCAAUCUACAGUCAUUUGUCUGAAUCGAUCCAAGGAUCGGCAACAAUCCGCGCUUAUCAUUUGGUCGACAGAUUCUGUAAACUAUCCGAGACUAAAGUUGAUGCACAUGUUCAAUGUCGCUACCUGAACUACGUUGCAAACCGUUGGUUGUCAGUACGUCUAGAGUUUAUUGGAAACUGUAUCGUUCUAUUCUCCGCUCUAUUUGCUGCACUCACCAGAUCAACCACAACUUCUGGAGUCAUCGGAUUAUCAGUAUCAUAUGCUCUGAACAUCACGACAGUUCUCAAUUUUGCAGUCCGUCAAAUUACAAAACUUGAAACAAACAUUGUAUCUGUAGAACGUGUGAAAGAGUAUGCUGAAACUGAAACGGAGGCUGAAUGGAAAUCUGAACCAGGAAAGGAACCACCACAAAAUUGGCCAUCUGAAGGACGAAUUGUGAUGAACAACUAUUCCGCUCGUUACCGUGCAGGGCUAAACCUGGUAGUAAAACAACUUAACGUGGAGAUCAAACCACACGAGAAAGUUGGAAUAGUCGGUCGCACAGGUGCAGGAAAGUCUUCGGUCACACUUUCUCUCUUCCGUAUUAUUGAAGCGGCAGAGGGUCAAAUCAUAGUCGAUGGUAUCAACUUAGCUGAAAUUGGGCUGCAUGAUCUGAGAUCCAAUCUGACUAUCAUUCCACAAGACCCAGUACUUUUCUCGGGUAGUUUGAGGUUCAACUUGGAUCCGUUUCACCAUUAUUCGGAUGAUGAUAUAUGGAAGAGUCUAGAGCAGGCUAAUCUCAAAGAAUUUGCAACUGGACAUCACGAUAAACUUGACUACAUGAUUACCGAAGGAGGUGACAACAUCAGUGUGGGUCAACGUCAAUUGGUUUGUUUGGCUCGUGCCCUCCUUCGAAAAACUCGUGUUCUUAUUCUGGAUGAGGCAACUGCUGCAGUUGACGUUUCUACAGAUUCUCUUAUUCAGAAAACUAUUCGAGAAGAAUUUGCGAACUCUACAGUUCUUACCAUAGCCCAUCGUCUCAAUACUAUCAUGGACUAUGACAGAAUCAUCGUGCUGAAUGAUGGUAAAGUAGGAGAAUUCGACAGUCCACAAAAACUACUGUCUAAUCGCAAUUCCGAGUUCUAUUCUAUGGCAAGACGAGCGGGACUAGUCUAA